UUCUUUCACCACAAGUUAAACAUCUGUCUGAUGCUUGUUUGACUCUCUAUCAAGAUGGAGCUGUCCAUAAUCAUUCUUGCCCUCACCGUUGUUCUCUCAACUGAUGCUGAAUUUGUUCAUGAAGAUUUCCAAAUUGAUAUAUGCUCUAAUACUGAAGCAGAAGAAAUGCUUGGAUUUGAUAACGAGGAGAUGUGGCAUGCUGACUUUAAUCAGAAGAAAGGAGUAGAAACUUCACCUGAUUUUGGAGUUCCUGUAUCAUUUCCAUAUGAUGUUCGUGAAAUAGCAGUGUGCAAAUAUAAUUUAGCCUUGUGGACUAAAAUUUUCAAAAGUCCACCACCAGAAAUGGAUGCACCAAAGACUUCCAUCUAUCCAAAGGAUGAUGUACAGCUGGGUUUUAAGAACACUCUUAUCUGUCAUGUGACCGGCUUCUAUCCUCCAUCUGUCAGCAUCUCAUGGACUAAGAACAAUGUUAAUGUGACAGAGGGUUUGAGUUUAAGCCAGUACCGCCCAAUGAAUGAUGAUACUUACAACAUCUUUUCUACUCUUGAGUUUACACCCAUUGAAGGAGAUAUUUACAGCUGCACUGUGAACCACAGAGCCCUCCAGGGUCAACCUCAGACCAAAACAUGGGAUGUUGAUGUAGCCCUCCCAGGUGUUGGCCCAGCUGUGUUCUGUGGAGUGGGUCUGACUCUGGGACUGCUGGGAGUCGCAACGGGAACCUUCUUCCUUGUUAAAGGAAACAACUGCAACUGACUAUGGAGUCAUGGAAGAAAACUAUGCAAAUGUCUCUUAAUUGAUUUGCAGCGAAUUAAUUUAAAAACAAUGCUACUGUGCACUUUUGUGUCACUCAUGGAAGAUAACUUGUUAAUGUAAAAGAUAGAUAAAUGCUAAAAUUUUGAAGGUUUAAAAGACUUUAAUUGAAAAAAAAGAAAAGAAAAAAGGUUAGUGGAUAUUACAUUUACAGAUCACUUUGCAAUUUGCAUAAUAAGUAUUAUACUAAAAACACUUUCUCAAUGUUACCACUCCUGCUAAAUGUAGUUUCUUUCUGGGUGAAUUAAAAUAUUUUAUGUAAAAUUAAAACGUUUAAAUUAAACAUACAUUUGAAUGGGGUAGAAUUUAUGUAAUUUUUGUAAUCCAUUACAAUCAAUUUACUAUAGGUAAAUAUUGUCCUUUUAAUUUUAUGAUAUGCAUCAAAUAAAGGAGAAUUGGAGCUGUUUGUACUAUCUUACUGUGUUCUGUUGA